UAUGGCGGAAGAGGUGAGGGUACAAGCUCGCGCCUCCUUCAGCCGAUCGACGAAAUACUACAUCUCUGUUGGAGACGCAUCCUAUGGUCGAUGUAGAAAGAAAUGGGAGGAUUUUGAAGAUCUUUAUGAUUCUCUCGAAUUAAGAUAUGGCAAGCUGGAUAUUUCCUUUCCGGUAUAUGCGACAAGGAAAAAUAAUACCAAAGCCGAGGCUGUAGAAAAGAAUCGCAGAAACUUGGAGAAACUUCUGGAGAAACUGAGGGCUCACCCUAAGCUUUCACAUGAUUCGGAUGUGAUUUCGUUUUUGCACCUUGUUGAUGUAAAAGAGAAUGUGGACUCGGACGAUGGUGCACCAAGCUUAUCCCUGCGCGACAAGCCUGGACCGACUCCGUUCACCGUGGAGUCAAAGCCUGCUUCUGCUUGUCAUGUUGAUGAAGGAGACCAAGCAGACGACGAAACAUUACCAAUUGAUAGCAAUUCUACAUCGAAUACCCUUCUGCCAUCAUCACUUGAAUGGAAAUCAACUCCACAAGCAGCCGAGCCCAAGAAUUCUAUAUGGAUUGGUCGAUGAGGAUGUAACAUAAUAGAAUUUAUCG